AUGGACACUGUCACGCUGUCGUUAUUGAAACUUGAAGAAUGUCCACACCAGUGGAGAGGCGACGACAUAGCAGCUUUCCUGCUUCAUCCCUUUGUUGUUGUCAUCAUCCUUACAGCCCCCGAAAAGCUCUCUCUCUCUCAAGCCUCUCUCUCUCUCAAGCUCUCAAGCUCUCUCUCAAGCUCUCUCUCACUCUCUCUCUCUCUCUCUCAAGCUCUCAAGCUCUCUCUCUCUCACACAAGCUCUCAAGCUCUCUCUCUCUCUCUCUCUCUCUCUCUCGCUCUCUCUCUCUCUCGCUCUCUCUCUCUCUCUCUCUCUCUCUCUCUCUCUCUCUCGCUCUCUCUCUCUCUCUCUCUCUCUCUCUCUCUCUCUCGCUCUCUCUCUCUCUCUCUCUCUCUCUCUCUCUCUAAGCUCUCAAGCUCUCUCUCUCUCUCUCUCUCUCUCUCUCUCUCUCUCUCUCUCUCUCUCUCUCUCUCUCUCUCUCUCUCUCUCUCUCUCUCUCUCUCUCUCUCUCUCUCUCUCUCUCUCUCUCUCUCUCUCUCUCUCUCUCUCUCUCUCUCUCUCUCUCUCUCUCUCUCUCUCUCUCUCUCUCUUUGUUUGUGUGUGGUGUGUGUGUGUGUGUUGGAGUUUGAGCUGCGGAUCCAAGCCGCUUCUCGCUGUGCCGAGGACGACGUCGACGGCGUUGUUGCUCGCUGCAAGAUUUCCGGAGCCAUGGUCAUGACGUGUCGCACGACAUUGAGGCCUGUGGCGCUCUGCCUGCUUUUUCUGCUCUGCCUGGACAAAGCAUGGCUCGCGCGUGCCAGUGACAAUGUGGUGGAGGGGUACCUCGGCCCCCUAACCAAUACUGCCAUUGCUGGCGAAAGUGUUGGUCUUGUGGCAAACCAGGACGUUGAGUUUUGCGCCAGCGCCUGCUCUCGACACAGCGCGACGAGCCGACACAUGCCUCAUGUGCCCAGUGCCAGCUCGAUGGCACCAUUCACUUUGCAGACCGCCUCCUGGCCGAUUGUCCAUGGACACCCACCAUCCCUAGCGACAACGAAUGCACCCUUCAAGCAACACGCUACGGCUACGAAGUUCUCUUGGUGCGGGGAGCGCCAUCUGGUUGCGCAGUGUCCCGCUGAUCCCGUGGUGCUGACAUUACCCACCUGCAGUAGCACGGUGCCAGCACAAUUGCCAGUGGUAUCAGCCACGCACGUUGAGCAGGCACUGGGAUCAUGCAGUGCCAUUGAUAACACUGUGUGCUCCUCCUCCAUUCUCAACGACAGCGAGUUGCGCCAGGGCAAUUAUUCUGUCCGCAUCGUGUGCUCGGACCAAUUUGCUGUGGCGGCCUGUACGUAUGACGUCUUCGUGCAGAACCCGGCGACCCCGUGCCCUUUGACAAGCACAUCUACCACCACUGUGGCCGCCACCACCGUCACAGCCACUCCCGAAGCCUCAAGCACCGCCCAGUUCCCGCCUUCGCCUCCUUCAACGGACGCACCGGCCCGCACCUGCGAUCAGUGUACCAGUCGGGAGUACUGUUACCAAGACCGUUGCCACCCUGUCUGCCCCAUCGGCACUUCACACGAUGACACGACACGCACGUGUCGCCCCGAUCCACUGCCGCCCCGCAACGUUCUGGCCCGUCGCAUCACAGAUACGUCCUUUGAAGUGCUUUUCGACCCUCCCAGACCUAAAGGCGCCAUUGUUGGCUAUACCGUGGUCUACACAGCCUACGCCUCAACUGGGACUUCACAUUCGGAGCUCUUGGAUUACUCUGUGCGACCCAUCCCCACUGAUUUCAGCGAGGCCGGGUCAUUUCGCACUUAUCGGGCUGUGGUCUCUCCACGCAUUACGGCAACGGCCUGGUACGUGUACGUCCAAAGCUAUGACGGCCACAAGUUUAGUGGACAAUCCUCGCCGGGAAGCUUGGUGUUUAUGAGUGGGUAUAAUCCUACCACUCGAGCGCCAGGCCCGGGCCCGGCCCCGUCCAGUCCGGGUCACCACACCCAUGAUGAUGAUGAUGAUGAUGAUGGCAAUGGCUGGCCUGGCUCAAGCGUAACUUCAUCGCCCACCCCUUCGAAUCAGCGAUCGCGCGCCUUUGCCAUCGCCGGCGGUGUCAUGGCCGGUUUAGUGAGCAUGAUCAUCAUGCUCGCUUGCCUCGUGCGCAAUCGAGGCCGCAUGAUGGCACUGCCCUUGCGCAGCCUCAACGUCGAGCGCGCUCUUCUUGGGGCUGCCAACGUGUUGCCACAGCGGAGUGAGACUCGCACCCUCAUCAGCAUGGCUGAGAGUGACACGGAAAGCGAGGAAGGCGAGGGCUGGUCACCGGAAGCGCUCAAUCUCUUGGUGCAGCGCAUGGAUAAGCAAACAACUGUGCUCAUUGGACAGGGUUUGCAGCAACGCGAGGAUGAUGAUGAUGAUGAAGCUGACAAUGGGGGCGAAAAUGAGACUGCGGCGACCGCCGGUCCGGCAAACCCCGGCGAGGCGGCGUUGACCGCGACCCUGCAAAGUGCCUCUGCAGGAACGGACACAGAAGCAAGGGUAGCAAGCCCACCUCACUCCAACGAGGGACUUGAACAGCCCCCAAGCUUGGCUGCAACGGAGGGGGUUGAACCAGCCCCCGUGCGCCACACCCAUCCACCUCUACAUGCCCGCCCAGCAUGGUCGGCACACGCAUCGGAAGCCGCCGCAGACGACUCGGCUGCUGCAACAGCCCUCACUGCUGACGCAAGUGCCCACCCAGUCAACUUUGACUUGUUUGAGGAGGACGAAUAG